AUGCUCGGCAGCAACCUCCUCCUCGUCGCCCUCGCGGCCGUCGCCGCGCACGCCGGGAGCCUCGACAUCACGCAGGAGGUGCGGCGCGGCUUCGGGGCGGGCGUGGUCUACCCGCGGCAGUCGGCGGACAGCAGCACGAACCUGCAGAGCUUCACGGGGGCGCUGGGCGGGAUCAAGGCGUCGGCCAUCACCAACAGCGGCGACACGCAGCGGCCGUUCGAGGUGGACGGCGACACGUUCACCGACUUCCAGUCGGCGGCGAACCGCGCGUGCGACAACCAGCACAACGCCUGCGCGGAGCUGAGCAACAAUGGCACGGCGGACUUCCCCGUCAGUGAUUGCGACCAGCAGACGACGGAGUGCAAGAGCGCGGCAACGAGCUCGACGGAGACGGCGUUUACGUCGCUUGUUAGCUCGAAUGCUGACUUUGACUUCUUCUGCGAGAGUUAA